GAAACAGAGGAAAAGAUUAAAAAUGAGAUCGUUGAAAUCUGCACAUUAAUCAACGAAUCAAAGGAUGAUUUCACUGUGAAGAUAAUUGAGAAAGAAACAAAGCUAGAGAUCAGUUAUACGAAAGACAGACAAAUACACAUCAGGAGAGAUCAUAUUUUCGACAAGAUGACUGAGGAGGAGAUUCAGCAGAAAAUCCUGGCCGACUGUUCAAGGGCAACCAGCAAUAAAGAUGGUUUCUUUGUCAAGAUUGUGGACCUUGACUAUGGGAUGAAAGAUGAGAAUCCUGUCUCGAAGCUGAACGUCUACACCAAGCACAAGCCUGACGAAGCCAACCAGUUUCCAAAGGAAGAGACAUCAAGAAUCUUGGCACCCUACAUUUUUAAAGAACAGCUGGUUCGCAUCUACCUUUUUGACAGAAGUCUGCAGGUGUCUGAUGGGCUCAGUAUUGCAUGGCACAUCUGGUUUGACAGGCGGGCUGAUUUACAGGAGGAGUCUGAAGAAAAACCUGCUGAAGAGCAGAAAGCGCAAUCAAAGCAUUGA